GAUUCGUAAACAGAAGCGUGUUGGUUGGUCGGCGAUCGUCCCGCAAGUCGCAUGUGGUGCGUUGCGUGCUGUGAUUGUUUUCUGGUGAAAUUCGGCCGGUUUGUGAUAAUUUCCAGGAGAAAUAUUUGGCGGAAAUCGAGCCAAUCUAGUGCAGCAGAGCAACAUGAACUUCCUCCGGCAAACGCUCAACAUUACUAAAUCGUUCGCCAAUGAAGCAUUUUCCACCUUCCUGCAGCGGGGCACGAUGGCCACGCUGAACCAAAUGCACCGCUCCGGGCCGCACAUCAAAGAGCGCCCGCCUCGGCAACCGUUGGAUGGUAAACCCUUUGCCAAGGGUGUAGUUCUGAAGACGCUCAUCAAAAAGCCCAAGAAGCCCAACUCGGCCAACCGGAAGUGCGUACUGGUGCGGCUCAGUACCGGGAAGGAACUGGUGGCCUAUGUUCCCGGCAUAGGGCACAACCUGCAGGAGCACAACAUUGUGCUGGUGCGGGUCGGGCGGAUGCAGGAUUUGCCCGGUGUCAAGAUCAAGUGCGUUCGCGGUAAGUACGAUCUGGCGCACGUUAUCAAGCAGAAGUAGUUUCCGAUGGGGCAGUUGUGGUUUGGGAUGAUGUAUUAGGUUACAGUGAUCGAAGAAAAUUGUUUUGAAAUGUA